AUGCCGCUUAGUUUGUUAGGAUUCAAGCCUAACCAUGACAGGAUCCGGAGGGUGAAAUGCGGAGAAGAGAGACCCAAGUGUCUGCGGUGCGCAAGCACUGGGCGCAAAUGUGACUUUGAGACAGAGGAGCUCUCACCCCCCGCGCCAUCUACUCCGCCUUUUCUGAACCCACGUUACACACCCUCUUUAUCUCCAAAUUCGGGGAGGAGAGAGCGCCGGGCAUUUGAAUACUAUUUUCAGCAUGCAGCUCAAUAUCUUUCUGGCGGUAUGGACAUUGACUUUUGGACUGGUGUGGUCCCACAAAUUUGCCGCACUGAACCUGCUGUGUGGGAUGCCAUAAUCGCUAUUAGCGCUUUAUUUGAGUGCCCAGAGCAAUCAUCGCAUUUCACUUUCCUGGGAACCCAAGAAAGGGAUCGUGCGCUCAAACAAGCCCAUCAAGAGGCUUUGGUUUGGUAUUCCAGAUCAAUAUCUGGUAUUCAUUCCCAAAUUGAGCGUGGUAGCGCGGAUCCUUACAUCGCUCUUGUCAGCUGCGUACUAUUCAUCUGUGUAGAAACUAUUCAAGGACGCAUGGAAGAAGCUCUACGACUUCUCCAGCAGGGGUUUAUGUUGAUUCAGGAUCUCCGCACGAGGGCUUGCCAUGGAACAGUCUCUCCUACAAAAUCCGCUUUGUUAGAACACACAAUCAUUCCGCUGUUCUUACGCUUGAACACCGUUGCUCUUAAUAUAUCAGGUACUCAGGUCAGCGAGCUCUUUUCUGUUUCAGAAGAUACAGAAUACGUGUUUCCAUCUCUUGCCUCUGCUCGGCAAGGCAUUACCACAUUAGCUGCCGAAUGCAUGAUCUUCCAACGAGAAGCAGAAGUACACCUGGAAGCCGUCAGUGGAGAUACAGGUGUAAGCCAAGAUCUUUUUGCUCGACAAGAGUAUUUAAGGUUUCGGCUUGCGGGUUGGCUGCGUGCCUAUACCGAGAUCUGCCAAACUCUACGUCGCAAAUGCUCCCCUAGCUCUAGAUCAUCCCCCCACACGGAGCCAACUCUUCUCACUUACCAUGCCGCUGCCUUGAUUCUUGUCUCUGGCUGUUUGACGCAACACGAAACCGUGUACGAUACUCAAAUGGCUGAGUUCGAAACAAUCGUUGAGCAGUCAAGUCUGAUUCUGGAGGCAAUAGCCGGACCAAAUGGUGCGCCACCGCCAUUUACCUUUGAGAUGGGUGUCGGAUUACCGCUAUAUUUGACUGCGCUCAAGUGUCGUCAUCCGGCUCUCAGACGAAGAGCUCUACAGCUGCUACAACAGGGGCCUCCUGUUCAAGGAUUCUAUAAAUGUUCCCCUGGUGCUGCUUUAGCCGGGGCUCUCAUGGCCCUCGAGGAGAAACAAAGCAUUCAACUGGCUGAAACCAUGGAUCAAAGCCAUACUGCUAGAGUUAGUGGCAUCAUAAACUCUGAUAAUUACUACGAUUUCACCCUACCACUUUCAGCGGUCAUCCCUGAGGAGGCCCGUAUAUGUUACGUUGGUGUUUUCAAACUUGGAAAUGGUAUUCCACAUAAUGUUUCUCAAGAGAAUGUUGAAAAAUGGAAUCGCGGCCCAGAGCAGCUUUUUGUGUCAUUCAGACGACUACGACGUGACCAUGAGUCUGACAAAUGGGAGUCCAUUCAUGAUUGUGUACCCUUAGAAUUUUGA